AUCGAGCAGCGAGCUGGAGCGCGGAGCGUGCGUGAGGGAGCAGAGCCGCCUGCCCGCCCGCCGCCGCCUCCCCUCCGUAAGCAGGAGCCCGGGCCGGGGCCCGGCACGCAGCCCCAGCCCCUCCCUCGUCGUCAGGCCGCGAGGGCAGCGCGCGCGAGCCAGGGGGAGGGAAAGCGAGCGAGCGAGCGCCGGGAGGAGGCGGCCGGACCGAGCGAGCGCCCGCGCGUGUGGCGUGAGGGGAAGCCGCUGCCCGCCCCCUUCGCCUUCCCUUCUCUCCCCCUCCCCGAUCCCCCCCCGACCGCGGAGCAGCACCAUGUCGGCGCCGGCGGCCAAAGUCAGUAAAAAGGAGCUCAACUCCAACCACGACGGGGCCGACGAGACCUCAGAAAAAGAACAGCAAGAAGCAAUUGAACAUAUUGAUGAAGUACAAAAUGAAAUAGACAGACUUAACGAACAAGCCAGUGGGGAGAUUUUGAAAGUAGAACAGAAAUAUAACAAACUCCGCCAACCAUUUUUUCAGAAGAGGUCGGAAUUGAUCGCCAAAAUCCCAAAUUUUUGGGUAACAACAUUUGUUAACCAUCCACAAGUGUCUGCACUGCUUGGGGAGGAGGAUGAAGAGGCGCUGCAUUAUUUGACAAGAGUCGAAGUGACAGAAUUUGAAGAUAUUAAAUCAGGUUACAGAAUAGAUUUUUAUUUUGAUGAAAACCCUUACUUUGAAAAUAAAGUUCUCUCCAAAGAAUUUCAUCUGAAUGAGAGUGGUGAUCCAUCUUCAAAGUCCACUGAAAUCAAAUGGAAAUCCGGAAAGGAUUUGACAAAACGUUCAAGUCAAACGCAGAAUAAAGCCAGCAGGAAGAGACAGCAUGAGGAACCAGAAAGCUUCUUCACCUGGUUUACUGAUCAUUCUGAUGCAGGUGCAGAUGAGUUAGGAGAGGUCAUCAAAGAUGAUAUUUGGCCAAAUCCAUUACAGUACUACUUGGUUCCGGACAUGGAUGAUGAGGAAGGGGAAGGAGAAGAAGAUGAUGAUGAUGAUGAAGAGGAAGAAGGAUUGGAAGAUAUUGAUGAAGAAGGGGAUGAGGAUGAAGGUGAAGAAGAUGAAGAUGAUGAUGAGGGGGAGGAAGGAGAGGAAGAUGAAGGAGAAGAUGACUAAUGGAACACUGAUGGAUUCCGACCUUCCUUUUUUAAUUUUCUCCAGUCCCUGGGAGCAAGUUGCAGUCUUUUUUUUUUUUUUUUUUUUUUU